AUGGAAUCAUUUGAGGACAACUUUAAGUCUCUCUCGCAUAAGACGCAGAGUAUGUUUAUGACUAUGUUUAAUAAUGAAGCGGGUAUAAAGGAGUAUCUAUUACACUUUGGUGGUAAUUCGCAUUAUUUAUUCCCUGCGUGCCCAUUCAGUGAACUCUCUAAGACACUUCUGCUAUCCCGUGACAGGAUAACCAUUAAAGUAGAAAAGUCUUCAGAGCCCAUGGGCUCAUCAGAAGGAGAAGGUUCCUGUACGGGUUUAAAACAGAAUAAUCCGAACCCGAAUAACUCCUUCAAGGGCCAGCACUUAAACAAUAAAUCAACCAAGGAUAGAUUUCAUACAUCACGCACUUCUAAUAAGGACUCCACUACUUUACAGGAUAAUUCACAGGCACCCUCAGCACGUACGUCCAAGCAUACACCAAAGGGACCCAUUCACAAGACAGGCCCGUAUAAUGGAUCAGGUAAUAAACAGACUAAUAAAAGUACGCGUAUAUCAGAAGGUGCAUCAAGUACGGGUUCUAAUAAGCAUAAACGUAUGAACAUUCCUACUAAUCCAUGUGAUAGUGCCGUAUACUACCAUGUGAUACUGCUCAGUGUACCCAUGGGCAGUAUUCCAUCUAAGUCUACGCAUAAUUAUGAUAAUAUUCUUAUUAAUGUAUUACACGUACGUGUAUAUGGCUUAUUAUACUGUUAUGUCUGGUCUAAUAAGCCCAUUUCAUUUGAUGAUUUAAGGAGGCUCGGCGUACAGCACAGGAAUAUUUUAUUUCACUGUGAAUUUACCGCAAAUAAAUAA